UUCUUUCCCUAAAAGUUGUAUUAGUUCGUAGUGAAAAAGCUCUCCUUUUUUGACCUUCUGAUUCUUGUCGGUCCACCAUCACAGACUUCUCUCUCGACACUGCGAGUCGCCAUGAACGCUCUCUCCCCGCUUCUCCUCGCUCUCCUCCUCAUCGCCGCCGCCGCCGCCGCCCUCGCCGUCGCCGCGGCCCUCGAGGCCUACCCGACCAUCGCCAGCGUCGGCGACUGCUCGGUGUCCGACGGUGGUGAGGAGCUGAAGCCCAUCCGUCGAGAAGUUUAUGAUGGCGGGAGGAUCUUCGACAUCAGCCAUAGGCUCACUAGCGACAUGCCGUCGUGGGAAUCGGAAGAUGGGUUGGGUCAGUUUCUGCGGCUCGCGGCGAGUAUGAAGAAUGGGUCUCUGGCGAAUGGCUCGGAGAUGAAGUUGCCCGUGCACACGGGGACUCACGUGGAUGCUCCGGGUCACGUCUUUGAUCAUUACUUCGAUGCUGGUUUUGAUGUGGACACACUUGAUUUGGCAGUCCUCAAUGGUCCAGCUUUGUUGGUUGAUGUUCCGAGGGAUAAGAAUCUCACAGCUGAAGUAAUGGAGUCUUUACAUAUUCCCAAGGGUGUGAGACGGGUGUUGUUUAGAACACUAAAUACUGACAGACGGCUGAUGUACAAAAAAGCAUUUGACACUAGCUAUGUGGGAUUCAUGAGAGAUGGAGCAAAAUGGUUGGUAGAGAACACCGACAUUAAACUUGUUGGAAUUGAUUACCUGUCAGUUGCUGCAUAUGACGAUGCCAUUCCAUCCCAUCUUGUCUUCCUUGAAAGCCGGGAAAUUAUACUUGUUGAGGGCUUGAAGCUCGAAGAUGUCCCCGUAGGAGUAUAUACAGUCCAUUGUCUGCCUUUAAGAUUGCUUGGUGCAGAAGGAUCACCUAUGAGAUGCAUCCUUAUCAAAUAACUUCCUAAGAGGGGAGAAGUUAACCAAAGCGCCAGGUGAGAGGAGGCAUUGCACGCACGUUUUCCUCAGGAUUCAGAUGCUCUUCGACAGGACAGAUUUGCAGCGAAUGUGGAUCUUUAGUUAUCAUGUGAAUAUGUUUGAUCAUUACAAUCGGAAAAACAGAGACUAUGGUUACGUUUACCCGAAUAAUGUGACGCUUCCAAAAUAAGACUUGUCUGGAAUGUUUCUGGUGUUUCUUCUAUUCAGUUACUAAAGAGCUGCUGGCGAGAUUCGACUUCAUUUGAA